CUUAUCCCAAGCCUCUUUCCCCCAUAAUUCAUUCCACCCCCUUGAUCAUGUUGCCAUGUGCCUGCUGGCUCCAACUUAUCCUCAUCUUGCUGUCCUCUGUGUUAUGGACCCUGGGGGAAAACUGCCCAGCAACCUGCCUGUGCCCAGACCCUCACACUGUGGACUGCAGCGGCCGUGGGCUGACCCGUUUACCCAAUGAGAUCCCCUUGGAUGUGCGCAGGCUUUUGCUGGCUGACAACUGGAUACCCCGCAUCCCCUCAGAUUUCCUGGUUCUGUACAGUGACUUGGUCUACCUUGACCUCCGGAACAACUCCCUCUCACAUAUAGAACCGGGAACUCUCAGCACCUCUUCCAGGCUGGUGUUCCUCGACUUGGGGAGCAACAAUCUGACUGAAAUCCCAAAGGGGACGUUCGGGGAGUCCCGGAGCCUGAUCAAACUACGGUUGGGUAACAACCCGUAUCUGAGCAUGGUGAGCGAUGAGGCUUUCCUCGGCCUCACCUCUCUCAGAGAACUGGAACUGGAGCGUAAUGCGCUGUCUACCCUGAAGGUGGGGGCACUAAGUCAGUUGCCCUCCUUGCGGGUUGUGAGGCUGGAGGGCAACCCUUGGGUGUGCAACUGCAACUUUGCCAACCUGUUCGAAUGGCUGAUGGAGAACAGUCACAAGCUUCCAAACGGGGUGGAAGGCAUGGAGUGCUCCCUCCCCAUGGACGGCAGGCGUGUAUCCCUGGCCCAGCUCUCCAAGGACAGCUUCCGUGAGUGUCAGGCCACCCUGACUCUAACUGACCUGCUCAUCAUCAUUUUCUCUGGCAUCUCGGUGUCUGUGGUGGCCAUCAUGACCAGCUUCUUUCUGGCUUCAACUGUUCAUUGCUUCCAGCGCUGGAGUAAAGGCACCAAGGGGGAUGAGGAGGAGAGUGAGGAGUGAGAAGAAGGGGUCACUUCUAAAAAAAAGGGGGGCCAGCAUGGUCCUGAUGCUUCAAACAAUGAGAGGACAUGGCGAGACAGAGUGUUUGCUACAUGCUGCUUCCUUCCUCAGUGGAUAUCCAGGACUGUUCAGUGGAAGGAUCUUGCCAUGGUGCGGUUGAAGUUGUCUUGGCAUGUAAGGACGUUUGUGAGGAAUGAGCCAAAGUCCCGUGAAAAAAUAAUGGGUGUCCUGCUCCACACGUAAAAUUAUAUUAGAGAGAUCGUAUUUUUGGCUGUGAAAUCUAAAGUCAUGCUUUAUGACUUCUGGCACUCACUCGAUGUUGUAGGCGUACGCAAAUCUAGAUAAUUCAUUCCUUUCCAUGAACAAAAUGAAACCUGAAGACGAGCUUAUAACUAUUCACCUUGUUAUAAAAUUUGACUAUUAACAGAAGGACAUGGGGCUUUCUUUAUGAAGAACACGAUGCUUUAAAAACAGGGAUGCCCAAUGACCAAUGACCUCAGUAUUUAACUGCCUAUAACCUAAUAUGCUGGCUAUCCUGCCAUUCCCACAGUCUUUUCUGGACAGCAUCUCUUACUGAAAUUCAAAUGUGGUUCACAAGCACCAGAGAAGGCCAACACUGUUGCUGCUUCUGCGUGUAAAAUUAGAAAGUUGCAGAGGUUUCAGUUGAACAAAAAGAGUUGGACAAUGGCGAGAUGGUAGGUAGCUAACGUGUGCUGUAGGCAGGAAGUUCCCAGUGGGUCAACACAUUCUGUCAGCGGUGUAUUCAUUAUAUAAUCAUAAAUUUGUGUACAAAGAAAACAAAUGUACAGUCAAACAAGCAUUAUGUGAAUCAUCACAAGGAUGUACUGUUUGUUCUUUAGAUUGAGAGCUGUGAACUGUAUAGAGAACAGUAUAAUCUUGAAUAUUAUGAGAAAUACGGUAUUAAAAUAGAGUCUCUUAGAACUAUUGUGUCAAAUAAUGCACUUUAUAUGGUGAACCGAAUUCUGGCGAGCCCUUAAUUACACUAUGUAGACUGGUUUUGUCUUCAUCUGCCAAAGAUUAGGGUUUAGAUUAAAGAGAGAUUACAUAUAAGGAAUAUAUUGUGGAUUAAAUCUAUUUAGUGAUGUAGGAAUAGCUCCUGAACGGGAG